AUGGCCAAGGACCAACACCCCCGGCCCCGCUUCUCGGACGAAGAAAUCGGCGGGGCACGAGCCACCAACCAUCCGAACCCGGCAUCACCGCCGCCUCCGUAUUCCGACCCGGAGCCGGAAUCCCCCGCCCCACGCGAAGACCAGCCUCUCCUCCGCGACCCGGCCGCCGCGGUCGAGGCCGGCGAGGCGUGGAAACCCCCGCGCGGCUUCCGCUGGAUCGAGCUGGCCAUUAUGGCCAACGUCUUCCUGUACGGCUUCGACGGCACCAUCACGGCCGCGACCUACGCCGUCAUCAGCUCCGAGUUCGACGCCGCCAACACGGCGAGCUGGCUGACGACGUCGUAUCUCGUCACUAGCACCGCCUUCCAACCGCUGUACGGUCGGUUCUCGGACAUCUUCGGGCGCAGGGUGUGUUUCUUCGUCAGCAGCGUCACCUUUGGGCUGGGCUGUCUAGGGUGUGGGCUGGCGGGCGAUGUGGUAUCGCUGAACUGCAUGCGCGCAUUGACGGGAUUCGGGGGAGGCGGGUUGAUGACUAUGGCUACAAUCGUCAACUCUGACAUGAUACCCUUCCGCAAGAGGGGCAUGUAUCAGGCCCUGCAGAACGGCAUGUUCGGCUUCGGCGCUGUUGCCGGUGCCUCCUUUGGCGGAUCCAUCGCCGACCACAUCGGCUGGCGCUGGUGUUUCCUGCUGCAGGUGCCCAUCUCCAUCUCGGCGCUCGUGCUGGGCGCGCUGGUCAUCAAGAACCCGGAAGGUGGAUUCGACAUCGACACGAACGACUACAAGGCCAUCUGGUCCCGCGUGGACGUCUCCGGCGCCCUGCUUCUCGUCGUCGCGAUUUCCGUGCAGCUCGUCGGGCUGAGCCUGGGAGGCAACGAGCUGCCGUGGGGCAGUCCCGUGGUCAUCGGCACGCUCGUCGGCAGCGUCCUUCUUCUCGCGCUCUUUGUGGUGGUUGAGGCGCGGACGAAUGCCAUCCCAGUCAUCCCUCUGAGGAUGCUGAAGGGCCGCUUACCGAUUCUCACGCAGAUAUCGAACGUCUGCGCCGGCCUUGCGGCGUAUGCGUACUUAUUCAUGCUCCCUCUCUUCUUCCAAGUAGUCUUGCUCGACUCGGCGACUACGGCUGGUGCGAGACUCGCGAUCCCAUCGCUCGCGACACCCCUAGGCGGUCUCAUCGCGGGCAUCGUCAUGUCGCGCUGGGGCAAGCUCAUUUGGCUUGUCCGGGCCGGCGCCUUCCUGAUGCUCUUCGGAAAUGCUCUUGUCACAGCGCUGCAAUUUCAGGAUUCCAAAUGGAAAUACCUGGUUUACAUCUUUCCGGCGAAUCUCGGGCAGGGUAUCAUCUACCCGGCGAUCCUCUUCACGACAUUGGCUUCAUUCGACCACGCCGACCAUGCGGUCUCCGCCUCGACAGUGUAUCUCGUUCGCUCGCUCGGCACCGUCUGGGGCGUGGCAAUUACCUCCGCUAUCGUGCAGACAACACUCAGCGUCCGGUUGCCCGAGGUCCUUGGCAACAUCCCCGAUAAACGGAGACUUAUUGACGAAAUCCGGCACUCCGUGACGGCCCUCAAGACCCUCCCAGUGGAGGUGCGCCUCCCCGCGCGUCACGUCUACUAUGAAGGCAUCCAGUAUGCUUUCGCCGCAUCCACAGCCUUCGCCGGCAUCGCCCUGCUUGCGGCAAUUUUCGCAAGCCCGCGUGGACUCCGUAGCACUCACAAGUAG